AUCAAAUGAUUUGUUCGCGAAACGGAUAUCACUACACUGCAGUGAACGCGCUCACAACAGACACGGAAGAGAAGAAAAUGCUGAAUAAAGUCAUGUUUUUGCUAUUUUUGGACCAAAAUGUAUUUUCGAUGCUUCUAAAAAUUCUAACGGACCCUCUGAUGUCACAUGGACUACUUUGAUGAUGUUUUUCUUACCUUUCUGGACAUGGACAGUAUACCGUACACACACUUUCAAUGUAGGGACAGAAAGCUCUGACUAAAUCUAAAAUAUCUUAAACUGUGUUCCGAAGAUGAAAGAAGAUCUUACGGGUUUGGAAAGACAUGAGGGCGAGUCGUUAAUGACAUAAUUUUCCUUUUUGGGUGAACUAACCCUUUAAUGAUCUAAAAAAAACAUAUGAUAUCUAUGCUAGUUACAUUUAGACACAAGUUUUAGUUACUUUUAAUUGAAAGCAGUUUGCAACACUCCCGUCCUGACUCCUGUCCUGACACAGGGUGAAAAAUCAUACGAGGAUAAAGGGAGGAGUUAGAUUAGAAUGAAUGAGUCUUAGAAGUGGGUGGAGUUUCCAAGUCUUCAAGUGCUACUCCACUACAGCUGUCUGGUACAGCGAUCUAUAGAAACACAGGUUGAUUCCGGAGAACACGGCGUACGCAAACAGUAGCAGCUUUGUUGUUGUUGUUUUAAUUAAGCAGGUUUAUGUGUUUCCCUUGUUUAUUUAAUAUCAUUCAAAAACUGGAUUCAUAGGUAAGGUCUUAACGACUUUAAACGUAAAUCUCCAAGAACGAGAUGGCACGAGGAGAGGGCGCAGAGCAGUACUCUAAUGCCAGUCUGCUUCAAACACCCAGCCCAGACGGAAUCAAACGGGCUGCAAAGUGUGAACCAAGGGGCGGGUUGUCAGUAUGCAACAAGUUGUGUUAUGCCAUUGGUGGAGCACCAUAUCAGAUAACGGGAUGUGCAAUCGGCUUCUUCCUUCAGAUCUACCUGCUGGACGUUGCUUUGUUGGACCCAUUUUAUGCCUCCAUCAUCUUGUUUGUGGGUCGAGCAUGGGAUGCCAUCACAGACCCUACGGUGGGCUUUCUAGUCAGCCGGAGUCCCUGGACCAGAUUUGGACGAAUGAUGCCCUGGAUUGUGCUGUCUACCCCGUUGGCCGUGCUGAGCUAUUUCCUCAUCUGGUACGUGCCACCUGUUGACCAAGGCAAGGUUAUUUGGUACCUGAUCUUCUACUGCUCCUUCCAAACAUUACAGACAUGCUUCCACGUACCGUAUUCUGCACUUACCAUGUUUAUCAGCACUGAGCAGAAGGAGAGGGAUUCGGCCACAGCCUACCGAAUGACUGUUGAGGUUUUGGGCACGCUCAUUGGCACUGCUGUUCAAGGACAGAUUGUGGGAAUGGCUAGCGCUCCUUGUAUCAGCUCCGGUGAGGAGCUGAACUCCACAGGUCUGCUGGUGGCUUCCACCGUCAACAUCACUGAGCCUCAUGUUUCGCUGGAGCAUCUGAGAAAUGCUUACAUGAUCGCAUCUGGUGUCAUCUGCUGCAUUUAUGUCGUCUGUGCUAUGGUCUUGUUCCUUGGUGUGAAAGAACAAAAAGAGACCUGCAGGGUUAGGACCGGGUCCAUGUCAUUCUUUCAGGGUAUUCGUAUGGUGAUGGGCCACGGUGCAUAUGUCAAGCUGGUCAUGGGCUUCCUCUUCACCUCUCUGGCUUUUAUGCUUCUGGAAGGAAACUUUGCACUGUUUUGUAGCUACACCCUUGGCUUCAGAAACGACUUCCAAAACAUCCUUCUCGUCAUUAUGCUCUCCGCCACGCUUGCUAUCCCAUUUUGGCAGUGGUUCCUCACUAAAUUUGGCAAGAAGACUGCCGUGUAUAUUGGGACUACAUCUGUUGUGCCUUUCCUGGUCUCCGUGGUCUUGUUGCCCAGCAAUCUUAUUGUGAUAUACGUCGUGUCCUUUGCAGCUGGAGUCAGCGUUGCAGCGGCCUUCCUCCUGCCAUGGUCCAUGCUUCCCGAUGUUGUGGAUGACUUUAAAAUCCAAAAUCCUGAAUCUCAAGGGCACGAAGCCAUCUUCUACUCUUUCUAUGUGUUCUUCACCAAGUUUGCGUCUGGAGUUUCCUUGGGGGUCUCAACUCUUAGCCUUGAUUUUGCCGGAUAUGUGACGAGAGGUUGCACGCAACCCGCCGAAGUCGAUUUAACCUUGAAGAUCCUGGUGUCUCCUGCUCCGAUAGUCUUGAUCAUUAUUGGGCUGCUGAUAUUCAUCUCGUAUCCAAUCAAUGAAGAGAAGAGACAAGGCAACCGCAAACUACUUAAUGAACAACGAGAACAUGAGAUUGACUCAGAAACAGACUCCACUGAGCUCAAUGUGGUUUAAGGGCACCGGAACCCUAGACCGAACAUUGUGCCACUUGUGUCACAUCAACACAGAUGAAACCAAGUGAGCAAAUGCUUUGAGCCAACCAUGCAGCCUUGUGCACAACCACAAAUCAACAUGAAACAGACUUUGUCCAGCUCCAUUUCAAAGUGCCUUGCCAUUUCCGGUUGCAAGUGCUAAUGGAUGCUAGAAACGUUUCCCUGAGUUGCACAAAACCGAAAGGCAGGCUUGUGUGUGUGUUUUUCUCCCGUGUUUGUGCUACUCGCUGGUAUAGGAUCUCAAAGCAAUGGCCAAAAAAAGCCAGCUUUCGAUAAGCACACCUCUAAAGUGUACUAAAAAUGAUCCAAGACAUGUCUACCAUAAGAUGAAACUUGAAACAUUUAGUAACUUUUUUUUUUUUUUUUUUUUUUGCCAAAACCAAAAAUGCAUUAAGAUCAUGAUUGAAAGGUACAUUUUGGGAGGGAUAUCUGUGAAACCGUACACAAUGCGAGUAAUAUUUGUUUAUAAUUUAAUAUUUAUAUAAGCUUUUGUGCAUCUUAUUGGUUAAGCAAUCUUGAGAGACCUGAGAAUAGUUUGAUUACGUCAGACUUCAGUAUUGUGCACAGAAGGUUAUUGUUUAUUUCAUGUACUUUCCUUCAUGUACACCUUCUGGUAUUUUGUAUUAUUAUUUUUUUAAACCUAUUUCUACUCCCCCUGGGUUUACUCUUUCAGAGGGAUGUGUUGAGGGAGAAACGUACAAAAUUAUUUAUUACUUUUUUGUUUUAAAUCAUAUUUUGGUUUGAUUGUCUGGUUCUCCCAUCUUCCUUAAUUUAUCUUGUUUAAGGGCCUCCAUCACCUACAAAAGGGCAUUUGCUGUAUGUAGAAUAAUGUCUAUUAUGCCAUUAAUUCCUUUGUAAAAGCCAAUCAGUGUAUUUACAGAUGACACCACUGUUAGUUUGUUCAGUGUCAGUGUCGGUACAGUAAUUAUCUCAAAAGGGCUUUUAUUAUUGUAUAGUUCUCUGCCUGUAACAUCUUUGUCAAAUAUCUGAAUGCCAAGGGUUUCUAUACCAUCUGUAAGUGUUGUGAUAUACUGUAUGUACAUAGCCAUCUGAAAAUAUGAAGUCAUGUUUUACAUUUUCUGUUUGGGGGGAAAUGGAAUGGCUUGUAAAUAAUGUGUAAAUGUCUUCUGUUGUGCAUAUGUACAUAUGAUGCACAUUGAAAUUUUUUCAGUGCAUGUUUAAUAGCAUUUUCUAACACGUGUCAAUUUUGUAUUGAUGCAUCUGUAACAUUUUUGUCCCCUAUUCUCAUUAACACUGGUUUUUGGUGAUCUGUUACACUUUCCGUAUUCUGAUAUAAAAAAAAAAAAAAGAAUACAUAUACUGAGCAAAUUUGUUAUACACAUUUGUACAUAGAUGUGUGUGCUUUUUGGUGGGAUGGAGUUGUUCUAAGUGCAAUUGUGUGUAAUUGUUGAAAAGAAAUGAUGUUACCAAAACACACACAUAGCAUCUUAUACAAUAAAAUAUGAAAACAUUUUA